AUGGAUCAUAUGCCAGAUAUAGUACCCCAUGUCAGGUACCUCCCUUCUGGUCAUGUGGCAGUGGUUUCGAUCGUUGCAAUUGCAGUUUUCGUAAUAUACAAACUGCUCACCCGCACUGACGUCCCGUACAUCCUCGGUCUACCAGAGAUACCAGGCGCCCUCCCAAUUACGGGUCAUCUCACCCAGCUCGGCGACGACCAUGCUACAGUAUGCGAGAAAUGGUGGCGGCAGUACGGCAACUCUGUCUUCCAGAUCCGACUUGGUAAUACGCGCGCUGUGAUUGUCAACUCCUUCGAAGAUUGUAAAAAGAUUCUGGUUUCAAAUUCUCAAGGACUGAUCGAUCGGCCAAAACUGUAUACAUUCCAUGGGCUGAUCUCCUCGACUCAAGGUUUCACUAUUGGAAGCUCCCCGUGGGAUGAGAGUUGUCGGAACAAGCGCAAGGCUGCAUCGACUACGUUGAGUAAGGGUAUGAUGAAGAACUACUAUGAUAUGUUCGAUCUGGAGUCUUACUGCAUCCUUCGUGACCUCCAUCGCGAUAGCAAGAGUGGAGAAGUUGAGGUCAGUAUUCGACCGUACAUACAACGCUAUGCCCUCAACACAACCCUCACGUUAUGCUAUGGCAUCCGCAUGGACGCAGUCUACGACGAUCUGCUCCGCGAGAUCCUCGAAGUGGGAUCCGCCAUCUCGCUCCUCCGCUCCGCUUCUGAGAACUACCAAGACUACGUCCCCAUCUUGAGAUACCUGCCGAACAACGAAAAGAAUCGGCGCUCCAAAGAACUGCGUGAACGGCGAGACAAGUAUCUGAACGAACUUCUUGACAAAGUCCGCGGGAUGAUCAAGAACGGUACGGAAAAACCAUGCAUCAGCGCCGCCAUCCUCAAGGACGAAGAAACCCGCCUCACGGGCGUAGAGGUAAGCUCCAUCUGUCUGUCUCUCGUCUCUGGCGGUUUCGAAACUAUACCUGGUACGCUUGUAUCCUGUAUCGGCUCCCUUUCCACACCCGCAGGCCAGAUCUUCCAAGACCGCGCAUAUGCCGAGAUACGCAGAAUGUAUCCUACCGACGCGGCGUUGAAGGAAGCCUGGGCAACAGACUUCGAGAAAGAAACCGUACCAUAUCUGAACGCUAUCGUGAAAGAAGCGGGGCGGUAUUAUACUGUUAGUAAUAUGAGUUUGCCGCGAAAGACAAUGGGAGAGGUUAGGUGGGGGGAUGCUGUCAUCCCGAAAGGGACGAUGGUGUUGAUCAACGCUCAGGCUGGUAAUCAUGAUACCGACUACUGGGGCCCUACAGCCGCUACCUUCGACCCAGAACGCUGGCUCACUCCUCCUUCAUCUCCAGACGCCUUACAUACACCGAGUUCGCACACUAACCCGCCUCACCUCUCCUUCGGUGCCGGAUCUAGGUCUUGUCCUGGUGCUUUGAUAGCGAGCAAGCUAAUCUAUGCUGCGCUGUUCCGUUUGCUCAGUCUGUACAGGAUUGAGGCCAGUGUGACAAAUCCACCAAAUACGGAUUACGUGGACUAUAACGCGAUCAAGAGUGCUUUAGUGGCUUUACCAAGGGAUUUCGGAGUGAGGCUUGUGCCACGAGGUGGUAGUGAGGGUGAUCUUUUGGGUAGUGUGCUUGAUGAAGGGAGAGUGAGGACUGCGGAGCUGUACAAGGAGUGA